GCGAAAUUUUGUAAAAAAAAUGGAUAACAAAAAUUCGGGUGACACUGAUGAAAAUAAAGAUGACAUUUCGAAUGUCAUGGGAUUUGGAUCAUUUGGAGGUGGUAAGAAAGCCAAACAGUUUGAUUUCAUGGCAAUGUUUGAACAGACACGACAGACUGCAAUGGACAGAAGUCAAAAAGUGCUAGAAGAUAGAGUAAAAGAUACAAAAAUUGAUGACCGACCUCAUAGCUCUGGUAACACUAUAAAAGGUCCACAGCCACUAAAAAAUAAACAGACUGAUUCAGAAUCAGAGGAUGAUGAUGACGAUGAUGUCAUAGGUCCACCGAUACCAGGCUCAAUGAAAACAUCAGCAGAGCAAGAUGAAGAUGAAGUCAUUGGACCUCCUAUCCCUACAGCAACUGCUGCAAAUGAUGAUGAUGAUGAAGAUGAGCCUGAAGAAGAAGAAGAGGUACCAUGGAACAAAAUACCAAGCAGUCAUGAAAUUGAAUUAAGACAUGGAAGUAAAACAGUGUCUGCACUUACGCUAGAUCCAUCUGGGGCUCGCUUGGUGACUGGAGGUUACGAUUAUGAUAUGAAAUUUUGGGAUUUCGCAGGAAUGGAUUCUUCAUUGAGGUCAUUUAGGAACCUCCGACCAUGUCAAAGUCAUCCAAUCAGGUCCUUGGCUUACAAUGCAUCUGGGGAAUAUAUUCUGAUAGUUGCUGGCAACUCUCAAGCAAAGGUUAUCACCCGAGAUGGCCAUGAUGUCAUGGAAUGCCCCAAAGGUGACCAAUAUAUGAAUGAUAUGGCCAAAACUAAGGGACAUAUCGCAAUGUUGAACGGUGGGUGCUGGAACCCUAAGAACAGACAUGAGUUCAUCACAUGCUCUAAUGAUGGCUCAGUGAGAAUAUGGGAUACGACAUGCGACAAGAAACACAAGAAUAUAAUGAAACCUCGUUCUAAACUUGGAAGAAAGGCCACCCCUACAGCAUGUGUAUACAGUACUGAUGGGAAACUCAUCGCAACAGCCUGUCAAGAUGGAUCCAUACAUGUGUUUGAAAAUAAAAAAUACAUUGUUGGUAAUCCAGCAAUGUUGACAAGAGGUGCUCAUCAAGAAGGCUCAGAUGUUUCAGGCAUGGCCUUCUCUUAUGAUGGAACCACUUUAGCCACCAGGGGAGGUGAUGAUACUGUUAAAUUAUGGGAUAUAAGAAACUUUAAGAAGCCAAUAAAUGUCGCAGAGGGAUUGACAAAUUACUUUCCUGUCACUGAUGUGAUCUUCAGCCCCGAUGACAAGAUGGUCAUCACUGGUGUGUCUGUUAAAAAGAAUGAAGGAAAGGGAAAACUAGUAUUUAUGGAGAGGAAUACCUUGCAGGUUGUACGGGAGAUGACCGUGUCAGAUUCUAGUGUAGUUAGAUGUCUUUGGCAUCCUAAACUCAACCAGAUUGUGUGUGGCUGCAGUGAUGGUGUAGCAAAACUUUACUAUGAUCCAGAUAAAAGUGUCCGUGGUGCCAAACUUUGUGUGUUUAAAAAGAAAAAACGUGAAGAGGGGUCUGAUUUUAUCUCAUCAACACAUAUUAUCACACCUCAUGCACUCCCAAUGUUCAGGACAGACAGAGAGAAGAGUACCUGGAAACAAGAUCUGAAGGCGCGUAUGGACCCCACAAAAUCUAAGAGACCAGAUUUACCUGUCUCUGGGCCAGGACAAGGUGGAAGAAUUGCUGCAAAAGGUGGUACAUUAUCUCAGUACAUCGCACAAUCAAUCGCAAAAAGUGUUCCUGAUGAUAGAGACAAAGAUCCCCGGGCAGCCAUCUUGAGACAUGCAGAGGCUGCAGAGAGUGACCCCUAUUGGAUAACACCAGCUUAUAAAAAGGACCAACCAUACGCAACAUUUCAGAAGGAAGAGGAAGAAGAAGAGGAAAAUGAUGGCCCACUUUGGAAGAAACCUAAACUUAAAUAAUAUCAUAGUUAAAAAAUAUCAUGAAUAUAGUUAUUUUAAAUAGUACUAUUGACCAAUUUAGUAUGGACAAUAUCACAUUUCAAUUACAUGUACUAGUAAACCUAGUACAUGUAUGUAAUUUUCUGAGACUAUAGUAAGUAAAUGUGCUAUCUGACAAUUCAAGGGACUCGCCUAUAGAGAUAAAGAUAAUUCCUUGAGACUUUUAUUUUGAUACUACAUAAAGAUGCACUGUAUGAGAAACUGUCUACAGUAUUCACAAUUUUUUAAAAAAAUA